AAUAGAAGGAAUGAGUCAGUUCACAGAGUUUCUGGAAAAAACUGCACCUCAGAAACUGAAGACAACUACUGAAGUGUUGAAGAUACGAAUCAGACUGACAGCCUGCAUCCAAAACCUGAAAGAGAGAGUUGAGCUCAUUGAAAUACAACAGAGAGAAAUCCAACAGACUCAGGAAGCUCUGAAGAAACAUAAAGAAGAGAUGAAGAGAAAUGAGAUGUUCACUGUAGAAGUUGACGUGGUCUACAAAGUUAAAGGAAGUAUCAGAGGUGGGAUUGGAGUGUUGUUUUAUGAAGGAGCUACCAGCUGUACAGUCUGUGAGGAGAACUGUCACUAUCCUGGAUGCACAUGGGCCCGAAGUCCAGAAAGCUGUGAGGUCAUGAAAGAUGGCUGCUGCACUUCAUGUACCAGGAAGUGUCCUGUAUCAGAUCAUGUGAAAGAAAACUGGAUCUAUGUGACCAAGACAAGGAAAGUUCAGAAGAACCUAAAAGAUGUGAAAAACAACUAUGAAAGAGGUAAAGCAGGAUGUGAGGAGACAACAAGCCUUUUGGGAACUUUAGAAAAGAGAAUGGAAAAACUUCAGAAGGACAAAGAUCAAUUGUUGGAAAAGUCCUUCGAGCUUAUUGUCAAACUGGAUCAGAUCGCCCUGAAUGUUGAUUCACUGUCCACUCAUGUCCACUUGGACUUCCUGAUUGAGAAGAUGAAGGAGAAAGGAGACGCAGAGAAGGUCCAGAAACUGGAAGAGAUGAAGAGUCGAGAGGAUGAAGGAACAAGAGCAGCUCUGCAGUACAGAUUCGGUAAACUAUCUGUGAUGUAGCAGGUGAACACCAUCAGUGUGAGCAGCAGCUGUGUAGAAAACAAGCUCUACACUGUUGAUCCAGAUGUUUAAACAUCACAAAAGCUUUUUCAUUCUAGUUCUAUGAAGCGUGAUGAUGAUGUCAUAAGUUCAUCAGGAAAUUCAAAUGUAAUCACCUUUUAAAUGUCAGAUGUGCACUUCCUGGAAACAGCGCCCUCUGUGGUGUGGAAUGACUGCUGCUCUUCUUGUACUUCCAUGUUUGCUCACCAAUAGUUUAAGAGUUCAGUGUGCAGAUUAUCAUCAGUGCUGAAUCAUGGCAGCAGAUUUAUUUGGUGUUGAACAGCUGUUAGUUUUCUCUUCUAAUCAUGUUUUCUCCACUAUGAUUGUGUUUGUGCUUGUAUGAAUAGACGUGUCUUAUAUAUCCACCAUGAUGUCACAAUGUUGAAGCUGUUGGGAAACUAAAGUGAACUCAUUAUAAAGGAGUUUGGCCUGGAGGGGGGUUGUAACCUCUUCCUGUGUUCUGAAAGUGUUAAUAAUAUAUCUUAAUAUCUUUCUCAAUAAUAAAGAAGAUUACAGUUAAUGUGUGUUGUAUCAAAGUCCUAUAAGAGCUGAGGACAGACUGUCUCUCCUCAGUCACACCUGUGUAAUGCUGAUGAUGCUCUGACCUGCAAACAAUAAAGAUCUGCUGACAUUAUGAA